CUCCCCGCCCCCUCCCAUCCUCCACCCCCCGGACCGGGUGUCCCGGCGGGUCGUGCAGCUAGGCGAGCGGCGAGAGCUGGUGGUCACCAUGGCAAUGCGGGAGCUGGUGGAGGGCGAGUGUGGGGGUGCCAACCCGCUCAUGAAGCUGGCCACCCACUUCACCCAGGACAAGGCCCUGCGGCAGGAGGGACUGAGGCCUGGCCCCUGGCCCCCAGGAGCCCCAGCCGCUGAGACGGUCUCAAAGCCGUUGGGAGUAGGCUCUGAAGAUGAGUUGGUGGCAGAAUUCCUGCAGGACCAGAAUGUUCCCCUUGUAUCCCGAGCCCCUCAGACCUUCAAGAUGGAUGAUCUCUUGGCAGAGAUGCAGGAGAUUGAACAGUCAAACUUUCGCCAGGCUCCCCAGAGAGCCCCUGGUGUGGCAGACUUGGCCUUGUCUGAGAACUGGGCCCAGGAGUUUCUUGCAGCUGGAGAUGCUGUGGAUGUAACUCAGGAUUAUAAUGAGGCUGACUGGUCCCAAGAAUUCAUCGCUGAAGUUACAGACCCCUUAUCAGUGUCCCCUGCCCAAUGGGCUGAGGAAUAUUUGGAACAGUCUGAGGAGAAGCUGUGGCUGGGGGAGCAGGAAGGAACUACUACCACUGAUCGCUGGUACGAUGAAUAUCAUCCUGAGGAGGAUCUGCAGCACACAGCCAGUGACUUUGUGGCUAAGGUGGACGACCCCAAAUUGGCUAACUCUGAGUUCCUGAAAUUCGUGCGGCAGAUUGGCGAGGGCCAGGUGUCCCUGGAGUCCGUUGCAGGGUCGGGCCGAGCUCAGGCAGAACAGUGGGCAGCAGAGUUUAUGCAGCAGCAGGACACAUCAGAAGCCUGGGUUGACCAGUUCACAAGACCAGUGAACAACACUUCUACCCUUGAUAUGGAAUUUGAACGAGCCAAAUCAGCUAUAGAGUCUGAUGUCGAUUUCUGGGACAAGUUGCAGGCAGAGUUGGAGGAGAUGGCAAAACGGGAUGCUGAGGCGCACCCCUGGCUUUCUGACUAUGAUGACCUCACAUCGGUUUCCUAUGAUAAGGGAUACCAGUUUGAGGAGGAAAACCCCCUGCGUGACCACCCUCAGCCUUUUGAAGAAGGGCUGCGGCGACUUCAGGACGGGGACCUGCCGAAUGCGGUGCUGCUCUUUGAGGCGGCCGUGCAGCAGGACCCUAAGCACAUGGAAGCUUGGCAGUACCUGGGCACCACCCAGGCUGAGAAUGAGCAAGAGCUCUUGGCUAUCAGUGCUCUGCGGAGGUGUCUGGAGCUAAAGCCAGAUAACCGGACAGCACUGAUGGCGCUUGCUGUGAGCUUCACCAACGAGUCCCUACAGCGACAGGCCUGUGAGACCCUCCGAGACUGGCUGCGGUACUCACCAGCCUAUGCCCAUCUGGUGACGCCUGGUGAAGAAGGGGCUGCGGGGGCAGGACUGGCUCCCAGCAAGCGUGUCUUAGGAUCUCUGGUGUCUGACUCCCUGUUUCUUGAAGUGAAAGAGCUCUUCCUGGCAGCUGUGCGCCUGGACCCUACAUCCAUUGACCCUGAUGUGCAGUGUGGCUUGGGAGUCCUCUUCAAUCUGAGUGGGGAGUAUGACAAGGCUGUGGACUGUUUUACAGCUGCCCUCAGUGUUCGUCCCAAUGACUAUUUGCUGUGGAACAAGCUUGGGGCCACCCUGGCCAACGGGAACCAGAGUGAAGAGGCAGUGGCUGCUUACCGAAGAGCCCUUGAGUUGCAGCCAGGCUAUAUCCGGUCUCGCUAUAACCUGGGCAUCAGCUGCAUCAACCUUGGGGCUCACCGUGAGGCUGUGGAACACUUUCUGGAGGCCCUGAACAUGCAGAGGAAGAGCCGGGGCCCUCGGGGUGAGGGAGGUGCCAUGUCAGAGAACAUCUGGAGCACCCUGCGUUUGGCAUUGUCUAUGUUAGGUCAGAGUGAUGCCUAUGGGGCGGCCGACGCUCGGGAUCUGUCCGCCCUCCUAGCUAUGUUUGGCCUGCCCCAGUGACAGUGGGAUGGGCUGCCCUGUGAGUGUCUGCCUGAAGGGGUCCCCGCACUGAGUGUGACUCCCUCUCCUCCAAUGGGCCUACCAAGGGGGUGGGCUGAUGACCAUAAGCGGUAGGACCUCUCAGGAGCUGCCUCAGUGUAGGGUGCACAGUCUGUGUUCUAGAUCCUACAUAAUUGUACGGAAUGAGCUGUUGUCUAUGUCCCUUGGUAAUUCAAGGACUGUAUAUCCAGGUACAGAUCUCUCUGCUCAUCAUGCCCUUCCUUGGUGCUGCUUUUUUGGGUAGGACCCAAUGAUAUAGGGAAACUGUUGUCAUCAGCUGCCACUUCUGACAGGGUCUACCAUAUUUGUGAUGUCUCUCCUUGCCCCACUCUUACUGGGAACUGGUAACAGUCCAUCUUCCUUGGUCAGCUGAGUGUAGGAGGUUCUCCUGAGCAUCUGGGAUAAAUGCAUUAGGAGUUGGCCUGUUCAACUGAAAGACUGACGUAGCACCACAGCGCCGAGCUUUGGAGGCACUUGUAAUUCUGCCACUCUUCGGAGUGAGCUGAGAUUUUCUGUGUGUGGACACUGAUGCAGUAGAUGCUCAUGGGUUAUCCUAAGUCCUCAGGGCCAGAGCUAGUCGCUGCAGAGUAGGCAAAGGCUGGGAGGGAGGCUCGUGUGGAAUGAGCCCAGAGCAUUAGAUGGGAUCUGUCCUGAGGCCUUUGGUGGAAGAACAGCGGGUACAGUGAGUGUUGCAGUGCCCCCUUCUUUGGGAGACCUGUAAGUAGGAAUUAACUAACUCUUGUAGUAAAUUGGUUCAGAAGUUGCAGUCUUGCCAAAUUCCUAACAAAGAGGGGGCUCAGUGUUAACCAUAAGCCUUCUUGAAAUGUUUCUAGGGGAUAGCAUUGAAAAAUCCCCUCCGCUCAUAUUACUUCUACAAGGUGAAGAUUAAGGGACGCUGAGGGAGCAGCUGGAUUCUUCACCUGUUCUCUCCAUCAGGAGACAAACGAACUCCCAGAAAUGACUGCUAAGCCUCUUGCCUUGUCUUCAGUAGCUAAUGAUCAGAGAUUUUGUUUUUUAAACUACCAUGGUCCCAAGGUUCCAUCCUGAAAUUUAUUUUUCUUUGUAUGCAUAUAUGUAAAUGAUUAAAAAAUAAAACUGCAAAAUAUUUGUAUGAAGAAUAAA